AUGAACAACACUUUCGUGCAAGUGAGAUACUUCCUGCUGCUAAACGCGGUUCGGCCGGAAUCGGAACUGGUGACCAAACAGCAAGAUGGCUCACUGCCGUCACAGUCCUCCGAUAUGCUAUCGGACUCGGAACAGACCCAACUGCUACUGUAUGACAUCUUCAUCCCGCUGCUUGGCACACUGAUAAUCGUCCUUAAUCUGGCAGUCGUUACCUCCAGCUUGCUGUUGUUGCGAAAAGGUCAGCAGCCAUACACGACGUACUUGUUCCUGGGAAAUGUGGCCGCGUCGGACCUGCUGAUGGGAUUCGCGGUAAUUUACGGCCAAUAUGCACCCAAAGAGAUCCGUGGCGAGGACAAUUGUGCCAUCUUGAUUGGUCUAAUUGUGUCCACAACCAUCGUCUCCGUGUACAGUGUCGGUCUAAUCGCCGUUGACCGGUACCUUUACAUCGUAUAUGGAAUGCAGUAUCAGCGCUACAUCACGCCCAGCCGAGCAAAACUGCUGAUCGCCGCCACCUGGUUAUUAGGUCUCAUCAUUGGCUUUCUACCGGCUUUCGGAUGGCGCGGUGACACCGACGAAGGACGUGUCUGUUGGUUCAUACGGCUGGCUCCACCUGCUCUGGUCAUUCUGACCGCCACAAUCGGAGUAAUACCGUUGAUUAUAGUGAUUGUUCUAUAUAGUAUAAUACUGCACAAAGCCUUGCGUAGGGUGUCUCAGCUGAAAAAAGCAAGUCGUGACCAGCAAGGUGCACUGUCAGGUAAUUUAAGACUUUUUCGUGGUGGCGCCGCAGCGGCUUCCAAUUCUAACCUGGACUCGGAACAACCGUUGGCUGAAGAGCACUCCAAACCGAGGAAAUGGUACCACUGUUGCAGAAAACGAACGAAUAAGACGUUUGAUAGACAGCCUGCUGGUAUCACCGGAAAACAUCCCACCAAAUGGAAAGCCAUUAAGGUGGUCAUGCUAACAACGGGUUGUUUAGCCCUAACAUGGAUUCCAUAUUUCAUUGCUAGCAUAAUUUACGUCCUGUGUGACCCAGAAACCAACCCCGAUUUAUGUCGUAGUGUGCAGUUUGCCAUCGCCAGCCCUCUGGCGAUUCUAGGUCUUACUAACAGUCUCCUGAAUCCUUUUAUCUACGCCUGGUGGCACCACGGCUUUCGAACCUCGGUGAAGAAGCUGUGGAGAAAAAUGUGCCACUGUUGCCACCAGCGAAGCAACAAUAAAUCAUUCUCCCGAAACCCGGUGGUAGCCGUCGGAUACGGCAACGGCGACAGCGACGGAAGCUGUCAGCAAGCACGAAGCUCGGAUACUACGACAACAACUUCCAUUACUGUCCCUAGUCUAUCUACCACCCGUGCAUCAACGAGCAGAAACAACAACAAUAUCCAAGCGGAGGCCACCAGUGCCAGUGACCUGGAAACUCAAACAACCGACACGGAUAAUGGUCAUCGUAGAGAACGGACGGGACCUUGCAACCGAAAUAUACUAACCAAAUUGGUUACUGGGGUCGGUGACGGUUACGAAGGUUCGAACGAUUCCCUGCAAUGGGGAUCUGCAUCUCCAUCAACCACGAAUCAAUGUCCGCGAUGGUUACGAAGGUUAGCGAGGCUUCCCGUAAGGGAGCACUGCAUCAACCAUCAACCGCUAAUCGCCACUCCUCAGAAUCCACCGAAAAGUGCCGGUCAUUUCAUACAACGCGAUAUCAUCACCGCCGAACUGCAAGUGCCAACGACUACGGGGAAUCAGGACCUGGUCGUGACGUGCGCGUACUUCCCGAGUGACAAGGAAAAGGACGGUGUUCGUUUUCGGAACAUCUGUCAUGUUAAUGACCUACAAACCCUACCAUGA